ACCACUUCGCCACGGAACCAUGGAUCUGUCGUCUCUGGGUUCGGAGUCCGUCCUCAUCUCUCUGAGCUUCUCCCUCAUCUUCCUGCUCGGUACCGUGGGGAACGCUCUGGUUCUGGCGGUUCUGAUCCGCGGCGGCCAGCUGAACUCCAAGACCACCAACCUGUUCAUCCUCAACCUGGGGGUCACAGAUCUGAGCUUCCUGGUCUUCUGCGUCCCCUUCCAGGCCUCCAUCUACACUCUGGACCGCUGGAUGUUCGGAGCCGCUCUCUGUAAUAAGCUGGUCCACUUCCUCAUCUUCCUCACCAUGUUCGGCAGCAGCUUCACCCUGACGGCGGUGUCCCUGGACAGGUAUUUAGCUAUCUGCUACCCCCUUUGCUCCAGAGGAAUGAGGACUCCCAAAAAUGCCGUCGCCUCCAUUUGCCUGGUUUGGGCCUUGGCUUUGGUUUUCUCUGCUCCGUAUCUCAGCUACUUCUCUCAGAUGAACCUGGCCGGUACUGUGGUCUGUAUUCCUGCCUGAGAGUCUAAACCUCGGUUCAUCAUGGACCUGUGCACCUUCUUCUUCGGCUACCUCGUCCCCGUCCUGGUGCUCGGCCUCACCUACACCCGAACCAUCCGCUACCUGUGGACCAGUGUGGACCCGGUGAAGGACAUGUCGGAGUCGAGGAGGGCGAAGAGGAAGGUCACCAAGUUGAUCAUCAUCGUGGCUGCUCUGUUCUGCCUCUGCGGGCUGCCUCAUCACCUGGUCAUCCUCUGCAUGUGGUUCGGACAUUUCCCCCUCAACCACACCACCUACGUCCUUCGCAUCCUCUCCCACCUGGUGGCCUACGCCAGCUCCUGCCUCAACCCCAUCGUCUAUGCCCUCGUCUCCAAGCACUUCAGGAAAGGCUUCAGGAAGGUGUUUAGCUGCUCGCUGAAGAGGAGGGAGGUGAACAAAGUGCACGUGGUUCAGGCGGUAAACACGGUCAGCAGCGUAGAGAUGAUCAACUAGCGACGACCAACUACACGUCAUAGAGGAUCAACUAAACAUCAGAGACGACCAACUACAGAUGAUCAACUAGACACAACCAACUAGAGACGACCAACUAAACAUCACGGACAACCAACUAGACAUCAUAGACCACCAACUAGAGACCACCAACUAGACACCAAAGACCACCAACUAGACACCAGAGACGACCAGCAGACACCAGAGAUGACCAGCAGACACCAGAGACGACCAACUAGACACCAGAGUCAACCAACUAGACACCAGAGAUGACCAACUAGAGGCGACCAACUAGACACCAGAGACGACCAACAGACACCAGAGACGACCAACAGACAACAGAGACAACCAACUAGACACCAGAGAUGACCAACUAGAGACCAGAGACAACCAACUAGACACCAGAGAUGACCAACUAGAGGCAAGCAACUAGACACCAGAGACCACCAACUAGACGACCAACUAGAGACCAGAGACGACCAAAUAGAGACAACCAACUAGACACCAGAGAUAACCAAGUAGAGACCAGACACAACCAACUAGAGACCAGAGACAACCAACUACACACUAGAGGCAACCAACUAGACACCAGCAAUGACCAACUUGACACUAGAGUUGACCAACUGGAUCCAAGAGAUGACCAACUAGAGACCAGAGAUGACCAACUAGAGACCAGGGAUGAACAACAAGAGACGACCAACUACAGACAAGAGAUAACCAACUACAGACCAGGAAUGAACAACUAGAGACGACCAACUAGACACCACCAACUAGACACCAAAGACAACCAACUAGACACCAGAGACGACCAACUAGAGACCAGAGCCACCUGAACAUCGUGAAGCUGUUUUCGUUGUGUAACACAAAUCUUUCAAUUUCACUGGACUGAAAAAUUGUGGAGCAUCAUGAGUAGGGCUGCCAC